AAAGAAACUAUUGAAUAUAUUAAGUUUUGUAAUCAUGCAGGUCAUCGUGUGGUUUGUGGAUGGUAAAUUUUAUGGAGUACUUCACAGGAGAAAUUUUGUCUGACUCUCCUACACAGGAUCAUAUCACAGAUUUUAGAACAAAACUAGCCGUCAUUUUAGUGGACUCGGAAUUGAAUGAUGAUAAUAUAAGAAAUCGAGACAUUGAAGAUGACGAAGACAACACAGAUCCCACGGAUUGUAUGAUUUUGGAAACACCCCCUGAGAACCUCAAACCAUCGAAUACAUCGUCAGAAGUUGAGCAGGAGUCGCAAUCAUUUAUCCUUUCGCCCUCUCUCACUCCAACAAAUGAUGACUUAAUAGAUGAACUUUGUUUGUUCAUCGGUAUGGUUGAUGAUGUCGCUCUACUAGAAAGCGAAUGGGUGAAAAGCUCUGAUCCUUAUCCCAUUAGUUUGAAUUUGAGACAAAUAAAAAACAUAUUAAAUAAUGAUGAAUGCAUGGAUGUUGAUUGCUUCAAUAUGGCUGUACGGAUACUAGCGUGCCACGAAGUCCAGCUUUUCAGAGACAUUCCAUGUCACUACAUGGAUCUAAAUUUUUGUGUAAGUCAUUAUAAUCAUGUAUUACAUUUUGCCUCAUGGAACUAAUAUUUUCUUUUUCUUAUUUUAGUUCAUGUCCUACUAUGCACGAGACUCACGUCAUCGUGGAAAUAUGGUCAUUGCUAUGUUGAAAUGGAUGUUUGAUAGCUGGCCAGACAGUAAUGAGUAUCAUAUUUCACAGUGUCAUACAGUAAGUUUUAAAAUUUUAAUUUGUAACGAUGGUUUGUCAUGUCUUAACUAAUGUUUUAAAUUUUUAAAUGUAUGCAUCGUUGCAGAUUUUAUUGCCUUGGGAUAUUUGUGGGAUAUUUCUAUUGUUUGUUUUCGAUCAAAAUAAAAAAGUUGUCUCAAUUAUGGAUCCGAUACCAAUACCUAUUUUGGGAAAAAUUGUACUUAAAACUGUGGUCAACAACCUAAACCGUGCACUCCAAGUUGCAAACCCUGCAUUCAAAGACGACAUCUCUAAAUGGAAAUGGGAAGUUCCUGUUGUUCCAACAAACUCACAUGGGUAUGAAUCUUUUCAAUGCAUUACAAGAUUAAUUGAUUUAUUCAAUAGACAAUGUAAUAUUUUAUAAAUGCAGUGCCUUGUCGGGUUAUUUGGUGUUUAAUUUCAUGCACUCAAUGUGUGAUGGACAGCUAUAUUUUCCCAUACCCCAGGUUAGUAUUUACAC